AUGCGUACCUGGUCGGCAGGAACGUUGGAAUUACCAAUGCGCCCGACGGAUAUGGGUCUGGGAAGACCAGAUAAUAUGUCCCGUGACAAACGGAGGUCAGUGGCCGGCUUGAUGAGACGGGAUUCGGCUGGUAUACCCGAUUCUCCUAGUGAACAAUGGCUUGGACAGGGAGCAUCACCUCGGGAGUCUGGACCAGUUGCUACAAAGUGGGAACAUCUCCCUCUUGCCCCCGAAUUAUUGCGUUCGUUGAACAAAUUUGGUGUUGGGCCGCCCAACAAAAUCCAGCAAAGAGCUUUACCAUUCCUUCUCAGAGGUUCCGACAUUAUAGCCCAAGCACCGCCGACACAAGAGCGAAUUGCGGCAUACGUGAUUCCUGCAAUUCAUGUUGCCGUUACGCAUAUGAAUCAAAGAGCAGUCAGCCGCGGACCCAUCGCCGUCCUCAUUUCUACCACGGUAGACCAGGCGACGCAAUCACAGCGCAUCAUUCGAGAUCUCGGCGGUGCCAUUGGUGUGAGAUCAGCUUUAGGCGUGGGCUCAGUUGGACCGAACGGCGAUGUUUCGCAGGAGCUCCGUCUACUUCAACAGAGCAUGCCUCACAUUAUUUGUGGAACUCCGCAGAAACUCCAUUCACUCUUUACUUCACCCGGAGGACUAUCUGGUUCCGAGGUCCGCUUCCUUGUGUUGGACGAAGUUGACCAGUUGAUAGCUCGCAACCUCCAUGAAUUCGUUUUCAACAUUGUCAAAUUGCUCCCUCCACCACGCUCUCGUGGGACAGCUUCAACAGCUUCAGGACCUAGUCCAGCAACCCCCUCGCAACCACAACUGACCACCCCAGACGUAGGUGGAAGCAACUUAUCUGCAUCGCCGUUCCCCCUGAACAACGGAAGACGUUUCUCGGCUAUCAGUGUUACAGGAUCUAAUGAGGCGACUGCUUCCAACGCCGGAAAUACCCCGCAGAUCGAGCGACAGACAGCUUUAUUCUCCAAUACAGUUCCACAGGACGUUUUGAACUUGGCGAACACCAUUCAACUACGCGAGCCCGUCCGCGUGCUUGUUAGGCGCGAUGGCAACGUCACUCACGCUGACACAAGUCAAGGUACUAAAGGCCUUCGUCAGUUUUAUUUGUAUCUUGCCUUCACAGCUUCCGGCGCUCGUUCUGACCCAUCGACGAUGAAUGCUGGUGGUGGACACGGCAUUAUUGGGUCUGGAAGAAGUGUCUCUACAAGCGCCGUAGCUAAUCAAGCGAGAGAAUGGAAGUUGGAUGCACUUGCAGAUUUGUUGGAUGAUCUUGAAGUGCUACAAAUCAUUGUCCACGUAGGUGGACUCACUGCUCUCGACGCUGUUGUCUAUAAACUUGUUAGCAAAGGUCAUGAGGCAGUCCCUCUGCACAGCGAUAUGAACGCAGGUGCCAAACUAGCGGCUUUGAAUAAGUUUAGGAACUCUACUGGCACAAUGAUGAGACAACCUUCGACGAAGGUGCUGGUUGUCUAUGAUGUACAAGUUAAAGCUCCGGAUGUGUUCCAAGUCCCGCUGGUUAUAAACUAUGAUCUUCCGCAAGCAGUGGAAGAAUAUGCGCAUCGUGUCGCCCCAGCAAUUGCUAACAAUUACUCAAAGGCUGGAGUAGUUGUUAAUUUCGUCACUGCCACUGGAGGGGAUGUUGAAAUGUUGCGUUCUAUUGAAUGUUUCUAUAAGUAA